GUGACCUCCAUCUCUUGGGCUCCAUCUGUGUAUCGGUCUCAGGGAAUGGCCGCCUCCUGUUCUUUUUCUUUCUCCUUUUAAGUCUCUGGUUCCCCUCUUCCUAAACUACUUCUCUGAGCCUCGGUCUCCGUCCUUCUGUCUCUGGCUCUGGCAUCUGCCUGGGCUCCCGGCCUCUCGCUCCUCGUCUCCGCCCCUCCCCCGCGCUGUCAUUCACCCGGCUCCUCUCCGUGCACAGCCAAUGGAGAGACCCGGCCGAAACUGCGAGGCUAGCUCGCACCGGGCUUUUUCGUCCGGUGAUUGAUGUCCCAGAGUCAACAGCUAGCGAGCAGCCUGAGUGGUGAAGGAGCAGCCAGAGAAGGGCAGAAUACGGCGCCCCCUCUCUCUUUCCCCUCCCCCCUACUUUAGCCCUUCUGCGCACUUCUCCUCCAAGUCUCCGCGCAGCCAGGAGCCGCGCUGCCGCCUUCGCGCCCCUGUGCGCUGCCCCCAGAGCCAAGAACAGCGAGCGCCGCCGCCCAGCCCCCCCCCCCUCGCGGGGCCGGGGCCGGGGCCCAGCAUGGAGCACCUGGGUCCGCACCAUCUCCACCCGGGCCACGCGGAGCCCAUCAGCUUCGGUAUCGACCAGAUCCUCAACAGCCCGGACCAGGGCGGCUGCAUGGGGCCCAACUCGCGCCUCCAGGACGGAGAAUAUGGCCUUGGCUGUUUGGUCGGAGGCGCCUACGCUUACGGCGGCGGGGGACCCGUGGCCGGGGCUGGGGCCGGGGGCGCGGGGGCCUAUGGCGCUGGCGGCCCGAGCGGUCCUGGUGGCCCGGCGGGCGGCGGCGGUAGCGCCUGCAGUAUGGGCCCGCUGGCUGGCUCCUACAACGUGAACAUGGCCUUGGCGGGCGGCCCCGGUCCGGGCGGCGGUGGCGGCGGGGGCAGCGGCGGCGGAGGGGCGCUGAGCGCUGCGGGGGUGAUCCGGGUGCCCGCGCACAGGCCGCUAGCUGGAGCGGUGGCCCACCCCCAGCCUCUGGCUACCGGCUUGCCCACCGUUCCCUCCGUGCCUGCUGUGCCGGGAGUCAACAACCUCACCGGCCUCACCUUCCCCUGGAUGGAGAGUAACCGCAGAUACACAAAGGACAGAUUCACAGUGGCCCUCUCACCCUUCACUGUAACACGCCGUAUAGGUCACCCCUAUCAGAACCGGACACCCCCCAAGAAGAAGAAGCCGCGCACGUCCUUCACACGCCUGCAGAUCUGCGAGCUGGAGAAGCGUUUCCACCGCCAGAAGUACCUGGCCUCGGCCGAGCGCGCUGCCCUGGCCAAGGCGCUCAAAAUGACUGACGCGCAGGUCAAAACCUGGUUCCAGAACCGGCGGACGAAGUGGAGGCGGCAGACCGCGGAGGAGCGUGAGGCCGAGAGGCAGCAGGCGAACCGCAUCCUCUUGCAGCUGCAGCAAGAGGCCUUCCAGAAGAGCCUGGCACAGCCGCUGCCCGCCGACCCUCUCUGCGUGCACAAUUCUUCGCUCUUCGCCCUGCAGAACCUGCAGCCAUGGUCUGACGACUCGACUAAGAUCACCAGCGUCACGUCGGUGGCGUCAGCCUGCGAGUGAGCCUGCACACCCGGAGAGGCCCCAGGUCCAACCUAGGGGUCCCCAAGGCCUGAGAGCCAGGAGUUUCUCCCAUCCCUCAGGCUUGAGACUGCACGAGGGAGGGGAACGCCAAGCCUCUCCGCAGGGGCCCGCGUGCUUACUGAAACUGUUCUCUCUUGCGGAAAGAAGAAAGCGGAGGACAGGGACCGAUGAUUUCCUCCCAGACGUCCAUGCGGUCCUGAGCCUUCUGGAACUAUUCAGAGUCCUCUCAGUUUGCGUCUAUUUUAUUUUAUUCUGAUUUUUAACAUGUGACUGAGAGAGGCAGGGGAGGUGGGGGAAGAAGAACUUCUGGGGUCCCCAGAGGACAGCAUGGGCUGUCAUUCGAACCCUUUCUCUGUAUCCCAUUCCUAAUCUCACACGGACACCCAUAGGCCCACACAGAGGCGAUUUCACUCACCCUCUUGGUGUCACCCCAGAGUCACACACAGUGUCUCUAUGGUAGAGUGUCAUGCACCCACAGGGCUAUAGCCUUCUCACCCUUGACCUUCACUAUCAGGUAUAGGCCAGGGGUGACCCAGACUCAUUCUGAACAGCAUGGCACUUCUCACAAACACAAGGCCAUGGCCACACUGUGACACACCAUCCCACACACAACAGCGUCACUUGGCCUGCCAGGCCAUCACACAUCCUAGCCACACCCAGAUACACACAGGCAGGUUUUCACACAAACUUAGCCUAUUUCUCCAGAUCCUGUUCAUGGGGGGAGGGGUUUAAGUUAUGCACUUAUAAGGUGUUUUCUGUGUAACCAUUUUAUAAAGUGCUUGUGUAAUUUAUGUGAAAAAAUAAUAAAAUCCUCCGGA